AUGCGCCGUCGGGUGGUUCCUCCCACCGGUGGCCAGCCGCCGCAAGUCCUCUGGCAAGAUGGUGGCCAGCCGGCGCAGGUCCCCUUCCCAGAUGCAGCAGAGGUCGAGGUCGUGGACGAGUUAUCUGGUGAGGUUCCCUCCCCCUUCCCCUUCGCAGGUGUUGCUAUUUUUGCUGUUUCUGAAUUAUUGGAGCAGGUCUGCACGCGUCCAGGUGCCGUGGAUUCAGGGGGAUAUUUCACUGACCUGGUUACAAAAGGGCUUGGUCUUGCUGGUCAGUCUGAAAAUCCAGCUCCUGCUCAGGAAGUAGUAGCCCAGGAUGAGGUUCAAGCAAUAGGGAAACGAAAUCAGAGAAGAACAAAAAAAUUCACGGUUGAAGAGGAUGAACAACUUGUAAAAGCGUGGCCAAACGUGAGUUUGGAUCCAGUGAAAGGUGUUGACCAACCACAUACCACAUAUUGGAAACGGAUACAUGCAUAUUUCGAUGCCCACAAGGAUUUCUCAUCUGAUCGCACCCAAGGCUCUCUAAUGAACCGUUGGUCUGGUAUACAGCACGAUGUUAACCUCUUUGCUGGUUGUCUUUCCAAGAUCGAGUGCGGAAAUCAAAGUGGAGUGCCUAUUGAUGACAAGAAAGAAGCCGAUGCAGAGAAGGAGUUGAAGAAAGAGGAGAGGUGCAAGAAAGCCUUCGCAUUGCAGGAAGAAAGGAUCAGACUGGAGAAAGAAAAACUUGAGUUACAAAGGGGCCAAUUUGAGUUCAACAAAAAACUGGAAGAAGAGAGAAUUAUGAAUGUCGACACAAGUCACAUGUGCCCAGACCAGCAUCAGUACUAUGAAGGGCUCAAGAAUGACAUACUUGCAAGACGCCUAAAUAAUUAG